AUGGGGCGGCGGGGUGGCGGGAGUGGUGGGGUCAGCGGGGGAAGCGGUCGCGGAGAGUUCGCUGCGCGCCUCCAACGGCACGCUGGCGGCGGCGCGGCGGCGCGUGCACAUCAAGGCCUAUACCGCUGCGCCGCCGACAACGGCGUCGGACCGCCGCUGCUCAAGCACGUCAACAUCACCGUGCACGAGCCGGCACACUUCGAGGGCAGCGGCGACAACGUAUCAUGCGUGCGCGGGCGCAGCGCGGCUUAUGGACCGUGUCGGAGGUGCGCACGGCGGGCGGCGUGCGCUCCACGCUGCAGGUGUGUGCAGCCGAGAGCGCCGGACGGCGGCGAGUACCGCUGCCACGCGCACAACCAGUUCGGCCGCUCCGAGCUGCUGCUGCACCUGCACGUCGAAGAACCCCCGGAGGCGCCGCGCUGCGUGCGGCUGGGCGGAGUAGGCGCGCGAUGGGUGCGCGUGGAAUGGCGCGCGGCCAGCGUCCACGGCCGCUACACGGCGCUGUGCACGGCGCUACACGCGCUGCCCGGCGCCGACCCGCCGCACACCACGCACAACCUCACGCUGGACGUGCCGCCAGACGACAGGGUGGAGGAGGACGGCAUGCGCACGCUGGCGGCACGGCUGGACGGACUAAGGCCCGCCGUCGCGUACUCGCUGCGCCUCGCCGCCGCCAACCAUGUGGGCCAGUCACCGCACUCUGAACCUUUGCUCUUCACUACACUUGAUGAACCACCCACGGGUUCGCCGCAGAACGUUAGAGUGAGGCCGGCCAACUCCGGAGAGUUGCACGUGUCAUGGUCGGCGCCGCCACAAGACACUUGGAACGGCGAACUGUUGGGCUAUGUGGCCUCGUGGCGCGAGCUCAGCCGUUUCGACGAGGACGACCAUGAUGAAGCAGGUGCGGGUGCGGGGGAGGCGCAGCGCGCGGGGAGCGCCACCGCCGGCGGCUGGAGCAGCGCCGAGCUCACGAUCACCGGGUUGCGGCCCGCCGCGCGGUACGCCGUCACGCUGCGCGCGUACAACCGCGCCGGCGCCGGGCCGCCUGCGCCGCCCCUCUACGCCACCACUGCCGACGGAGUACCAGAGUUACCGCCACGCCGGGUCACUUGUGAAGGUGUGUCAGCUCGCUCGGUGCGCGUGCGCUGGACACCGCCCGCGCAUGCGCACGCGCACGCACUGCGCGGGUACGACCUGCAUCUACUACCCGUGCAUUUUUCCACAUCGUGGAACGGCGCGGCGGAGUCGCAGGUGGCGCGCGCCAGUGUCACCGGCGAGGCGACGCUACAGAGUCUGCGCGCUGCCACCAACUACUCGGUGUGGGUGCGCGCCCGAGCGGAUCGCGGCCUGGGACCGCCCUCUCCGCCCAUCUACUGCUCCACGUUAGAAGACGCGCCGGGCGCGGUGGAAGCGGUACGCGCGGUACCGGCGGCCGCGGACGGGGUGCGGGUCACGUGGCUUGCGCCUGCGCAUCGCGCCGGUCGCCUUACGCACUACACACUGUAUAUCCGGGAGCUCGGCAAGGUUGGCGGCGAGUGGUCACAGCGUGUGGAGGCAGCGCCGCCGGACGGCGACGACGAGGCGUGGCGUGAGGUGCGCGGCCUGCGCGAGGGCAUUGUGUACGAGUUCUGGGUGCGAGCCGCGACAGCCGCCGGUGCAGGACCCCCCUCGCGCCCCGUCACUGCCGCCCCCGCACCCGCGUUGUCAGCGCGCAUCUCAUCGUUCGCGCGCGUGGUGUGGGCGGCGUGGGGAGCGCGGGCGCGUCUGCGGUGUGCAGCAGUAGGCGCGCCGCCGUUGCGCUGGCGUUGGUCGCCGCUGCCGCGCGCACAUACACUCACCGACACUGGCGACCUCAUUAUACAUAAGGUGGAGGCGUCAUCGGCGGGCAACUACACAUGCUCGGUGCGCAACGGCGCAGGCGCGGAUGCGGCGCUGCUGGCACUGCUCGUUCGUCGCGCCCCCGCCGCGCCUGCGCCACGCCUCGCACGGGCCGAGCCGCACGCACUGCUACUGGCGUGGGAUCCACCGCCCGACACCGGCGCGCCUUUACUCAGCUACAGCGUGUGGUGGGAGCGCGCGGGCGGCGGUGGCGGAGGCGGAGGCGGCGGGUCGCGCGUGCUGCCCGCGAGCGACACGUCGCUGUGGGUGCGCGGGCUGCAGUGCGGCGCACUGUACCGCGUCACGCUGCGCGCGCACAACGCGCUCGGAGCCUCGCCGCCCUCACACGCGCUGCUCGCCGCAACAAGAGGCGACAAGGCGAAGCCGCCACCGGGUAAGGAGGCGGUGUGGGCGAACAGCACCGCGCUGCGCGUGUCGCUGCUGGCGUGGGGCGGCCGCUGCGCCGUGCGCGCCUGGAGCGUGCAGCUGCGGCCCGCGCGCGCCGCCGCCGCCUGGGCCGCCGUGCCCGCCGACUCCGAGAGUGCGGAGGUGCGCCUGCCCAUCCGCUCCGCUCGUUCUACCGAUGCCGGCGGACUGCGGCCGGGCGCGUGGUACGAGCUGCGCGUCACGGCGCAUGCGCCCGCCGGCGACACCGUCGCGCUAUACCGCGCCGCCACUCACACGCUGCACGGCGAGCGACUGGGGGAACCGGUGGAGUUACAUACAGAAGAACGCCGCGCGGAAUCAGAGGAGGCGGGAAGCGGUAGGGCGGGCGCGGAUGUGAGCGGUGCGGGGGGUGCGGGCGGCGGGAUGCCAUGGCGCGCUGCGCUCGCGCCGGCCCUGCUCGCCGCCGGGCUCGCCGUGCUGCUCGCCGCGCUCGCCGGCGCCGCGGUGUUGCGCCGCCAGCAAGCGUGGUGCUGGCGACGCACCUGCUCGCUGCACCGGCCGCGACACCCGCACCCGCAGCUGUACACCACCGAGCCCGGAAAGAGAAACGGCAAGACGCUCACGCCACCCGACGGGGAACUGCACGAGAUCAGCCCGUACGCGACCUUCAGCAUGUCGGGCGGUGUUGCCGACACUGAUGGGAGUGAACGAGCGCCGGCGGGGAGUGCGGGUGGGGGAGGCGGCGGUGGCGGCGGGGGGUGCGCGCUGCAUCUGCGAACGUUCGGCCGCGCGGAGCAGCUGGACCUGGCCGCGCCGCCGCCGCGACCCAACCUGUUGUCACACUCCGCCGAGUACGGGCGAUGUCGGGACAGUGACUCCGAGUCGAGCGGCUCGCCGUGCGCCGCGUGCGCCGCCGAGCUGUACCGCCUGCCCGCCGCGCAUCGCGCCGACACGCUGCCAGCGGUGGAGUCCAGCGCCGAUGACACGUCGUACAGCGGCGGCGGGGGCGGGGGCGGCGGCGGGGUGGCCCGGCGAACGGCGCGCGCUCCUCGGCGUCGCGGCGAGCAUACCUCUGCGCCCACCGUCAGGUACACUGCCGGCCGGAGUGCGCGCGCCGCCGUCGCCAGGAGCGAGCGCGCGCCGAUGUAA